AGCUUCUGAGCUAGCCGUAGUUUUGCAGUUUGCGCCAUGGAGCUCGUUGCCCGACCUGCUGUGCAGCUGGCGCCUCAGCCCGCGCACUGCCACGGCCCAGCGCAACAAGGCUUCCCCGCACUGAGCGCUUUGACCUGGGGCGCUGCGCCGGUGGGUGCUGCUGUGGCCGCCCAGGUUUGGCAGAGGACUCAUCGAGGGCGUGGGAAGUUCCGUGGCGCCUGCCGCGCAACAGCCAUCACCACUCCACCUCAAGCCACGGAGAUAGUGGAUGUCAAGGAUCAGAAUGUGCAGGCAAAGCAGCCCUGCGCCUGCCCUUUGUGCUUCAAGCCAUUCGACAACGUCGCGGAGUCUGGCGCCGUGUGCCAGUCUUGCGGCGUUGGGUUCCCCCGGGUCGGGGCCUUUCUGGAUCUGACCAUUAGCUCCGCGCGGGCGCCCGAGGAGCUUACUCGAAUCGAGGCCACGAUUGAGAGCGAUGAGCCAGGCUUUCUGCAGCAACUUCCCUUCGUGGAUUUCACUGAUUCUGUCGCAGAGAGGCUGGGCUUGCCACAGUCCAGGGACGUGGAAAAGCUGGGUCGGGAGCUUAUCCAGGAGCCGCAGCGUGUGCUGAGCGGGCGGCUGCAGCCGGCCGGCACCUCCACCUUCCAGAAUCCGCUAGUAUCCUUUGCCUACGAGCGGGGCUGGCGCCGCAGCUUUGCCAGCUCUGGCUUCCCUGGGCCGGACGAGGAGUUCCGGCUGGCCCAAGACUUCCUGAAGGAAGGUACUGGCCUGCUGGGGGACCGCCGAAGAUGACACAGGGCGGAAGAGUGGCAUGUCAUCUUAGGGAUGGCAGAUGUCGAGCUCCGUUAAGGGCGGUUUGGCAAGGACGCCCGAGUGACAGCAACCUUUCGAUUCCCACGCAAGGCUGUUU